UUUUGACAUGGCGGCUUUAACGGUCCUGUGAAUAUAACAGGUGCCCCUACGGCUGUCCACUGCCCCUGCCUGUAAAAGCUGGGCAGUCGCCUUUUUCCCCACCGCAGGCGCCAGAUCGCAGGCGUUCAGCUCGGCCCACCCCGCACGCCGGGCCCGCGCGGUGCAUUGUGGGCACUGUAGUUUGCGCCGCGUUUCUGAGUUCCACAAGCCCGCGUGGUGUGGUUUUCGGGCCGGAAUGUGACAGGCACCAGAGGAUAACGGCUCUGUUUCCAGGGUUAGAGCUUUUCACCCAUGUUGGACGUUCCCCGGUCCUUGUUUAAUGAACUGCCCUCGCUCCUGUUUACGUGGCCCCAAAAGCAGAACCGUGCUUGAUGUGUCUGUAAAGAAGAAACAGUCUCCUUUUAAAAAAUCGCACUCUGCCUCCACCCUCUAGUCUUUUAAUUCUGCUAUAGAAGUAAGGGCCUCUCUGGUGCUGAUCUCACCGCAGAAUGACCUGUUUGGCUGGUAUUCGAAGCUUUCUUAAGCUUUGGAAGAGCAAGCCGUACCUUGGGUUAGGCCCAGGGCACUCUCACCCCUGUCUCUUUCUCACAGACUGUGGCCUCAGGAAUCAGCAGAGGUGGUUUUCUCUUAAAACUAUGUCUCCACAAAAUACCAAAGCAGUGAACAUGCUGGCUGCUAAGGGCAGAUUGGUCAAGAAAAGAGAUGAAGACGGUAUUAAGCAGAUUUCUCCUCCUUCCCUUUUUGCUGCUGGAGCAGCUAAGAAGAGAUCAGAGAUGAAUCCUCCCAAUAAAGAUCACACCGUGUUACUCCAGAGGGAAAAUACUCCACUCCCAACAAAACCACUGAGUUCAGAGGAGUGGGAUAAACUUAAGGAAGAUUACACAGGAAAGGGGAAUUUUGAAAACUGGAUCGGCGCACAGAUGUCUCGAAACCACAGCUCUGUAGAUGUGGCUAAAUCUCUCCUGGCAUGGGUGGCAGCAAAAAACAAUGGUAUUGUAGGCUAUAACUUAUUGGUCAUGUAUCUGCAUAUCUGUGUCUUCCAUAAGCAGACGUCAGAAGUUGUUGAUGUCUAUGAAAUCAUGAAAGCCAGAUACAAGAGUUUAGAACCUGGGGCUUACACUCUUCUCAUCCGGGGAUUAAUCCAUUCAGACAGAUGGAGAGAGGCCUUGCAGCUAUUAGAAGACAUAAAAAAAGUCCUGACCCCUUCGGUGAGGAACUAUGACGACUGUAUCCAGGGAGCCCUCCUUCAUCAAGAUGUGAACAUGGCUUGGAAUUUGUGGGAGGAACUGCUAAGUUGUAACCUUACUCCUAUGUUGGAAACUUUAAAAGCUUUCUUUGAUUUUGGAAAAGACAUAAGGGAUGAUCACUAUUCCAGUAAACUAUUAGACAUUCUUUUGUAUUUAAGAAAUAACCACCUGUAUCCUGGGGAGUCAUUUGCCCACAGUAUAAAAACAUGGUUUGAGAGUAUUCCUGGAAAACAAUGGAAAGGCCAAUUUACUACAAUCCAGAAAAGCGGGCAGUGUUCAGGCUGUGGAAACACCGUAGAGCCCAUUCAUCUGAGUCCAGAAGAAUAUGACUUUCUCAAGGAAAAAAUCAUGAUGGAUGUGAUAGAUGGAGGCAAUCAAUACAGAAAGACAACCCCUCAGGAGCUGAAGAGAUUUGAGAGCUUUGUAGAAUCCUGUCCUCCUUUUGAUAUUGUCAUUGAUGGGCUCAAUGUUGCUAAAAUGUUUCCUAAAGCUCGGGAAUCUCAAUCUCUCUUGGAAGUAGUGUCUCUACUGGCCAAGCAGAAUCUACAACUGCUGGUGCUGGGCCGAAAGCACAUGCUAAAACAAAGUUCCCGAUGGAGAAAGGAUGAGAUGGAAAAGGUGCAAAAGCAAGCCUACUGCUUUUUUGCUGAUGAUAUCUCAGAGGAUGACCCGUUCCUUUUGUAUGCCACAAUGAACUCGGGGAACCACUGUAGGUUUAUCACGAAUGACCUGAUGCGAGACCACAAGGCCUGUCUGCCCGACGCCAAGACCCAGCGCCUGUUCUUUAAGUGGCAGCGGGGACAUCAGCUGGCAAUUAAGAGUGUGUUUCCAGGAUCACAUAUAAUCUUUCAGCAUACUGUGGACUAUGACACCGUCGUGCAGACCACUGGAGACUCAUGGCACAUCCCAUAUGAUGAAGCCCUGGUGGAAAGAUGCUCCUAUGAAGUGCCGACCAAAUGGCUGUGCCUCCACCGGAGGACGUGAGGACCUCUCCUCCCCACACUGCAUCUGUGUUUGCGUGCUCCCCUGGCUGCGCUCGGAGCUCUGAAGUCCGUGCUUGUUUGGGUGUUUCCUCUGCCCUCAAGACCAAAUUUUAUUAGCUGGCUGGUUUAUGUGAACAGGUCUAUCCCCAGCCACAUUUCCCCCUGACCUUUGUGUUGAGAGGCUCAUCUGGAAAGGGAGCAGUUAGCGCACGGGAAGCCUGCGUUUCUCCUAAAGCUUCGUUGCUUCCCUUAGCUCAGGUGCCUCUGGUAUCCAUUUUGCUGCUUCAGACGUCACCUUCUAGCCCCACCAGCUGGGUCUUCUUCAUUGUAGAAUUCAAAUUAUAAACGCUUUUCCAAAUUGCAUCAA